ACAUCAAGAAAUUGCCACAACAGGCCUCCUUCUGCCAAUUACUAUGUUGGGAAUUUGGAGAUUACAAAGACACAAAAAAUAAGCCCAAAAGAGUCCGAAGAAUUUGUUUGAUAAAAACAAUAGCUUUGCCAAAACAACUCCACCUCUGCAAAUUUGUUAGUUUUUAGUUGUUGGCCAGUCCAGGCAUCCAAAACACCAACCCCCUUAAUCCCUCUUUCUAACCAACCAAUUAGACUGAGAGAGAGAGAGAGAGCAAAACCCAAGUCUCUUCUAAUAUACACCCUAUUGGUGUUUUACACACCCAGUUUGAUAUCUACAUCUCUCUUCCCUUGCAAUGCAAGAAGACCACCCAAGAAUUUCAAUGGCAAAAGCAGGCAAGAUUCUGAGAAAUUCAGUCCAUACUUUUCUUCAGAACUACCAAUUCUUCACCUCAAUUGUGGCACUCAUUGCUUUACCCUUCUCAGCUUCAGUUCUCAUCUCUCAAGCAUUGGUUCCUUCAAGCUCUUCUCUUUUGCCCACCAUUUACAACCGCCUUCAGAGUCUUUUUGAUGCUGCAGGCUUCCCUUCCUCUUCAGAAUUCUUCUCAAUUCUCAACCACAAACUUUCCCAAACAAUCUCUUCCUCAAUCUUCACCAUACCAUUCACCCUCACCUUCUUGCUCAUAACCAAAGCCUCUGUGAUUCAAUAUCUCAAUCACCAAAAGCCAACAACUUUCUCAUCACACCCUUCUUUUUCUUCUGUCAUUUCUCUCUACAUCCCACUCCUCCACACCCAUAUUUUCAACUCAUUCUUGAUCCUCUCUGCUAAUGCAACCGUGUUUUCUCUGCUAUUCAUUGCCUUCAAUUUUCUUGAAGGAUUUGGGUUCUCGUCUCCCAACACCCUCCUCUUCUUAUCAGCAUCUGGGGCUGUUCUUUAUUCUAUAGUUGUUGCCAAUGCUGUCAUAAUAUGCAACUUGUCAUUGGUUUUAUCAGGGACAGAGAGGAGUGGUGGCUACUUGGCAAUUCUCAAGGCUUGUAUUUUGAUAAGAGGAAGAACUGCAACUGCUUUGUCUCUGGCUCUGCCUGUCAACUUGGCCCUGGCUGCAAUCGAAGCAUUGUUCCAAUACCGGGUUGUAAGAGCUUGUCAUUUUGCAGGAAAGCUUGGAUCUUCCGUGACUUUAGAGGGGCUUUUGAUUGCUUAUUUGUACUCAGUUCUUGUUGUUCUUGACACAAUUGUGAGCUUUAUGUUCUUUAAAAGCUGCAAGCCAAGUUCUUGGGCUGAUCAAGAAGGUAAACACUCUUGUGGGAUCGAAUACAGAGACGAAGAAAGUUGUGGUGGCUAUGGAAAUUUGAAGACUCUGAAAGAGCUUCCAUGAAUUUGAUUCAAGCAACCAAAAGGACCCUUCAAAGAACCAAUCCAAUAUCGUUCUUUCUUCAUUUUCAGCGGAAAGAAUAUAGGAAAAAAAAAAAAGGUAUUGCAAAUUGUUUGUAUCUUCAUUCUUCAAUCUUGAAUUCAAAGUUGAUUUCUUUUGCUUGGUAAUCACACCACCAGGCAACUUUCAAGACAUAAAGCAUCCGAAAUUAGGACAAGUGAUCCUAUGCACAGCACAGGGAACAAAAAGUAGAUUAAAAUUGUACACGAGUUUGUUUAUGGUCAUUGUUGCUUUGUGCCAGCCAAGUAGAUUGGCAACUUUUACAGUGUGGAUGAUACAUAGGUUUUCCUUUUUGUGAGUUAGUUCUGUGUUGAUUUAGCAUAGACACAUGACAUUGGUCAAAUUCCAUUGUAAUUGUAAUAUGAAAUUACUUGUCAAUCGAAAGCCCUUGCAAGUUCUUUAUUCUAUUUUUA